AAAACAACAGAGAGUACAGGAGAAAAAUGGCGUCUUCGGCAACCAAAAAGCUUUUGUUGUUGUCUUUCUUCUUUUUUGUCGUGGCUGCAUCUGCCGGAAACUUCUACGAGAGCUUUGAUAUCACUUGGGGAGAGGGUCGUGCCAAAAUACUCGAGGAUGGACAGCUUCUCACUUGCACUCUUGACAAGACCUCCGGCUCCGGUUUUCAAUCAAAAAAGGAGUAUUUGUACGGUAAGAUCGACAUGAAGCUCAAGCUUGUCGCUGGAAACUCCGCUGGUACCGUAACCGCUUACUAUCUUUCAUCGAAAGGCUCGACAUGGGAUGAGAUUGACUUCGAGUUCUUGGGAAAUCUCACAGGAGAGCCUUACACUAUCCACACCAAUGUCUUUACCGGAGGUAAAGGUGACCGCGAGAUGCAGUUCCAUCUCUGGUUUGAUCCCACUGCUGAUUUCCACACCUACACCGUCCACUGGAACCCUGUUAACAUCAUCUUCCUUGUGGAUGGGAUCCCAAUUAGGGUGUUCAAGAACAACGAGAAAAAUGGGGUGGGUUACCCUACGAGCCAACCGAUGAAAAUAUACUCAAGCCUUUGGGAAGCUGAUGAUUGGGCAACGCAAGGCGGUCGCGUGAAGAUUGACUGGAGCAACGCACCAUUUAGCGCUUCCUACAGGAGCUUCAACGACCAAAGCGCAUGUAGCAGAACCUCGAACGCAACAUGGGUGGCUUGUGACGCAAACAAAGACUCGUGGAUGUGGACCUCUCUCAAUGACCACCAGUACGGACAGAUGAAGUGGGUGCAAGACGAGUUUAUGAUCUACAACUAUUGUACCGAUUAUAAAAGGUUCCCUCAGGGUCUCGCCAAGGAGUGUAGCCUUUAAGCAAACUUGGUUGAUUCUAAUUUGAGAAUUUUCGAACAUUUUCUUCAAUAAGUUUUUUAUUUCCCUUUUCGUUUUACUUCAUACUUGUUAUUUUGAUUUAUUCUUUUGGUGUUUAUGGGAUACGAUGAUAUACAGGUAUAUGAAAUCUUAAAAUAAAAAGUUAUAC